AUGGAGCGGCUGCGGGGGCUUAAGAUUCUUUGUGACGUAGGCGCGCCUUUGGCCACGUGCGCUUUUACGAACAAGAAACUGUCAACAGCCCCUUCAGAGGAGAUCGGGGCAUCGAGGAAGCAAGUUGCAGCCUCCUCUGGGGGAAACCUGGGGCGAUCUCAAUGGAUCCGGAAAACUGUGAGCAAUUUGGCAUUUGGUUGAUUUCUAAUUACUUCUGCCUGUCCUGCAUUGUUGUGGUGGCGCAGCCCAGUGCGAAUGAACCGUUGUGCAAUCAUAAAAUCGCCUCUGCUUUGUUUUAUGCCUUAGUAGACAUGUAUAGGUUUUAGGCUGCGUGUGAUGCUUUAACCGUGUCUAAGGUACUGAAAAUAAUCUUAUGUUUCUUUAGGAAUUGGCACAUCAGAGGAGGAUUUCUUUUUGCACCUGGGAGCCUUUAACUAUCAUGAGUGAAGCAGUAAACCCUGUUUCCACCAGCAACAUUUAUUUGGACCUAGAAAGCUGCAGCACAGCUUCAGAGAUCUCCCAAGUAUGUGCUCUUUGAAUCAUCACUUGUACUCUCUCUUGGCAGCUUAGGAAUGUAGUCGUUUGGGCUGUAGCCACCAUUAUUGCCCUUGGUAUGCUAGAAGUCUAUGAGGAGAGGAGACGGGGGGGGGCACACGUACGAAAACCAACUGAGCAGGUCUCAAGUUUGAGUAAAGCGGGGUGAAAGCCAGUGGCGUUGCAACAGGGGAUGGUGCACCCUGGGUGCCAUGUCUGCGGGGGUGACAAGAAGGCACCCCGCGGGGGCACGAGCAGCCAUCGUGCCGUCGCAUGUGGAGCACCCUCCAUUCGUGACUGCAGCUGCGAGCAGAGGAUCCCAGCACCGGCGGCAAACCGUUACGUACAGCGCAUGUGCGGCAUUGCACGCAUGCGCUGUACAUAGUGACGCCACACAUGUGCUGUACAUAGCGGUUUGCCACUGGCACCGCUUGAGUGCCGUACGGACGGCGGUGGGAACCCUCUGUCGCCACUACAGAGGAUCCUGGCACCGUCCGUACGGCGCUGGAGUGCUGCCGUCGGCAAACUGCUAUGUACAGCGCAUAUGCGGCGUCGCUACGUACGGCGCAUGCGUCGUACGUAGCGACGCCCCACCCUGGGUGUCACGACGCCUUUGUUCGCCCCUGGUGAAGGUUCACUGAGAUGAAAAUGGUGGUUUUAAACAACAACAGAGGUUUGAGUAAAGCAGGGAUGGAAUGCUGGGUUUGGUUUGGUUUGAAAAACAAAUAACUUUGAACCAGUAGAAAUAGCAGAGACGAGUACAACUCAGAAGCUGACAUCGAAAGGAUAACGCAGCAAGGCAUCUUCUUUCUUGCUGUACUCAAACUCUGUUUCAAGCUUCCACACUCCCCUCAGUGUCACACCCUGCUCACUCUACCCAAACCUCUGCCAUUGUUUAAAACUGCCGCUAUUUUUCCUCUCAGUGACUCUUCACAUCCGCUUUACUCUCAACUUCUGCCAUUGUUUUUUUAUUAUAUAUAUUUAUUAUGUAUGCAUUAUGCUAUUUUAUGUAAGUGUAUAUGCGUGUGUAUGAUUUAAUAAAGUUUUUUUAAAAAAAUCUGGUCAGUGCAUUAUGAACUAGUUGGAAGAUUCUGAACAGUUUUCAAGGGCAGCUCAUUUUAUUGCUGUUGAGGUCCUGAUGUCCUAAACCUCGUGUCAGUUGCAAAGGUUAUUAAUGACUCUUUAAAAAAUAAUUAUUCCAGAAUGAAGUGCAGGAUUCAGUGAGGAAAAGUGGACUUGACUGCACACUCUACAGAGAAGACCAUCAUUCUGAGCUGAUGUUUGAAGAUUUCACAUAUGGUAUGUGCCUUUUUUUAGCUAUAUCAAAUGAAGCAAUAGGUGCUUGAACUCUUGAAUGUCUAGCCUGAUCCCUUCUUUCACACGACACAGCAGGUACAUGAGCACUUUUGGUUAUGGAAAUAUUCUUUUAUACAUGACAGUGAUUAUUAGCAUGGCUAAUACAAGAGGUGAGGCUUGGUCAUGUAAAAAUUCCUGAUAUGUACCACAGUGCUGAACUGUACUGUCUCAAAAAUGAUUGCAAAGCAUUGCUCUGUUAAGAUAGUCCUCCUAUUGGCAAGAGUAGCUUGAGCAUUUAAUGUAAGAUUGCUGUUGGCAACCCAAAUAAUACCACCGUCUUACUUGGCAAUAUAUCUCCUCACAACCAAGAUCCUGCUAUAGUGUCCUAUAUUUUAGAAGUCUUCCAGAGUAGUCUCUUAAUUGCCCCUUAAGUGCCCAUCAGUUUAGCUCAUAAAAAGUUGAAUUAAAAAAAGCAAUUGUUUUGGCUCCAAAGAGAAAACCAAUAAUUAUCCUUCUUUGGCAGGGAAAGCAAAUAGAGCAAUUAAAGGCCAAUUAAGGACAAUUCGGGACGCGGGCGGCGCUGUGGGUAAAACUUCAGCGCCUAGGACUUGCCGAUCGCAUGGUCGGCGGUUCAAAUCCCCGCGGCGGGGUGCGCUCCCGUCAUUCGGUCCCAGCGCCUGCCAACCUAGCAGUUUGAAAGCACCCCCGGGUGCAAGUAGAUAAAUAGGGACCGCUUACCAGCGGGAAGGUAAACGGCGUUCUGUGUGCUGUGCUGGCUCACCAGAUGCAGCUUGUAACGCUGGCCACGUGACCCGGAAGUGUCUGCGGACAGCACUGGCUCCCGGCCUAUAGAGUGAGAUGAGCGCACAACCCUAGAGUCUGUCAAGACUGGCCCGUACGGGCAGGGGUACCUUUACUUUUUAAGGACAAUUCAGUUAUGCUGCAUCCUUUCCUGAAAGGAAAUAAUUACAAUUGUACAAGCUGUGAAAAAGCUUCUAAUUAAAGAGGCACUAGCACUGCAAAGCCUCAGUAGUUUGUUACUAGUCCACAUUGCUCAACCUAGCACUAUUCUUUUUUUAAAAAUAAAAAAUGUCACAAAUGGGGUCCCCCAAAAAGAUGAGAGGCAAUAUCGGAUUAAAUCACUGUAUUGAGGAUUUCAAACUGCUGUCUCACUUUAGAACCUGCCUUACAGAGAGCAGGAGAACCACCUUUAAUCCUGCACACCUGAAAAGUACCACCAGUUCUCUCAGUGAAUUUGACGGUGUUUUUUGUUUUAAUCGGGCAGAUUUUGAAGAUGCUUCAGAGAAACAAAUGUCGCCAUUGAGCACGCUAAGAACUUGCCCUAUAAUGAAAGAUUCCUCUUUUAUCACUGAGUGGAAGGAAUGCAACGAGGGAUUAUUGGACCAAGGGGAAUCAGAGCAACAGUGCAGGAUGCAGAGUUGGCCGGAGGAAUGGUACAGAACGGGGGAAGAAUCUGAUCCAGAAGAGUCACAGGAAGUCACAACCGAAAAUGCCAUGCAAGCAGAGGAGUUACUGGUGGAAACAUCAGAUGUGCCUAUCAUGGAAGAGUCCUUAUUGGACUGCAUUGUUAAGGAAUCGCCCAUUGUGUCAAGUUUUCUCACACAGCCCACAGGUUCUUUACUGAAGACAGAUGUGUGUGCGGCUAAUGAAGACUUAAUUGUCCAAUGGAAUGGCUCAAAUGCGAUUGAAAAAGCAUCAGAUGAAGGAAAUACGGUGCGCCUUCCUUUAGCUGGGCUGUAGAUGGGAAGGAUGGUGGUGUCAAUUCUUAAGUCCAAAAAAGUAGAUAGCCUAACUACCCUUUUCGAAGAAUGCUGUCAGAUUUCCAGGAGGUCCAAGCCCUGUACUCUUUCUAUGAUCUUUUAUAAUGAGAAAUACGGGAUGUACAUACAGUGGAACCUCGGUUUUCAAACGAAAUCUGUUCCGGAAGUCCGCUCAACUUCCGAAACGUUCAAAAAUCAAAGGGCUGCCGGCAAAGUGAAUGGUGAAAAUGAAAAAUGUGCUGCUGCGGAAGCCGUUUGACUUCUGAAGCGCAUUCACUUCUGGGUUUUCAGCCUUCAGCUUCCAAAUUGUUCGGCAGCCGAGACGUUUGAAAACCAAGGUUUGACUAAAUUUUUUGACUUAGAGCUUUGUGUCUGGCAAAGAUAUGGUUGUACAGUGGUACCUCGUGUUACAUACGCUUCAGGUUACAGACGUUUCAUGUUGCAGACGUUUCAGGUUCCGCUAACCCAGAAGUAGUACCUCGGGUUACGAACUUUGCUUCAGAAUGAGAACAGAAAUCGCGGCAGCAGGAGGCCCCAUUAGCUAAAGUGGUGCUUCAGGUUAAGAACAGUUUCAGGUUAAGAACGGACCUCUGGAACGAAUUAAGUACUUAACCCGAGGUACCACUGUAGUAGUAUAUUUUCAUUCCGAUACAAUGAACCAGCUUUGAAUCCCUCUUGUUGACAGAUGGAGACUGGGCACCACAACGAAUCAACAAAAGAUUUCCAGGACUCUGAGCUCACGGUUUUGCCAAAUGCUGUGGAUGAAAACCUAGAUUACAUUCGCACUCUGGUGCAGUCAAACAGACAUUUAAAAGAACGUCUCAAGAGCAAUAUAGCGUGUUGUAUCAGCGAAGAGAAAGUGGACGAUAGCAUACUUAUACCAGAAUAUGUAAGAUUUUAAAAUUUAUAGCAUAAUAAAUAUUGUAGAAUUGAUCAUAGAAAAAGCAACCAUGAGAAGUGGCCGUACUAUCAUAAUGCAUCAAUCAGCUUCAUCAGUAUAAAAAAUAAAGAAUCAUAGUUUGAUCUAAUUUAAAUGAGAAUUGGUUCUAUAUUGACGUUCAUCACUUGAUGACUUGGAAGUACGAGUGAGCAAUAGCUGAUGUGACCCCACAGAUGAUCACAUCAAAUGUUAUGGCUUUCGGUGGAGUCAUGUACACAUGAUUGGGUUGUGGCUGUAGUUUAAUAGCAGAAGGGAUGAUUUGCAUUCAGAAAUUCUCAGUUUCAAUCCCACUUAAAAUCCCCCCUGCAAAAGGAUGUCAGGAAGCAGGGCUCAGAAAGAACUACCUUUGAAACCUUGAUGAGCCAUUGACAGUCGGAGUAGACAAAACUGCUAAAUGGAUUCAUAGACUGACUCUGCAAAACACCUUCCUGUGUUGUAAGUCAAGGCAGCAAGAACCCAGAGAAGAAACAUUCCUCAUCCCAGGUUAAAUUAUGAUAUGUAAAACGUGUGAAGCAACUUUUAGUACUAAGGCACUGCCAAGAAAUUAAGUAUGAAUCUGUUGGACUUUAGAUCAUGUCCACCACAAACAAUCUGUACAAUUGCGCAGCUUGCAUACCUUGGUAGACGAAACUAAGGAGUGUGUGAGGGCAAGUAGCUUCUACAACAGUUUACAGUACAUCAGUCCGCUUGUUACAGAAAGCAGAUCUCAUAGAAAUUACUUUUCACCUGUGACGUUUUGAUUUAAAUAUUUGCUUAUCACGUGAUCUGUGUUAAUACAGGUUGAAAAUGUGUCUGAAGGAGAGCAUAACGCUGAGCCUUCACCUCUCCAUUCAGAGAAGUCCUCCUUCGUGGCAGAAGAAGUUACACAAGGGGACAGAGGCGACAAAGCUCUUUCCUCAACCCAUUCAACAAAGAGCUGCUGCUUGAGUCCUUAUGGAGCUUCAGAUAAUCUCUGGAACACCCUGGAAUUUAGUCCAAAGCAGUUGCUGCUUCAAGAAGGCGAUAUGGACUUCAGCAAGGUCAUUAAGGACUUAGAACUGGACCAGCAGAAGCACCUGCCCCAUAUCUUGGGUCUUCAGUAUGGCAGUAUAUUUUCUGAGAAGACCAAAGAAAUUGAGAAACUCCUUCUUGAGGAAGGAGAUACGGAUUUGAACAAAAUCAUCCAGGCACUAGAGCAAGGCCAAAAGAGGCAACAGAUCCAAGUAAUGGACCUUUAUCAUUGUGAUGUUUCUUUGGAGAAAAGGUUUAAAGAGCAGGAGGUGGACUUUUUCAUGAACCACAACUUCAUUGACACCAUCAGGAAGAUGAAGGAGAACACUGCUGAUCUCAUAGAAGCACUGGGCAAAGUCACAGGGAAGAAGGAAGAGGCAGAGGGGUGCCCAAAGUGCAUGAUGGGAGCUUCAGGAAACACUAAGGAUGAUCUCCAGGACUUUGGGCCUGAGAAGAAAGCUCUGGCGCUGCAGUUGGAAAAGCUCAGUGCAGACUACAGAGUUCUUCAAGAAAAGCACCAGGUAGAGGUAGAAGAGAAGGUCAAAUAUAUGGCUCAGUGUAAGGAGCUGGACUGCACUCUCCGCAAGAAAGAGCAAGAGAUACAAGAACUGAAUCACGCCGUACAAAAAUUGGAGCGUGAAGCCAGCAGCACCAUGUCGGCUCUGCACAAACUGAGGGGAGAAAGCGAGGACGCUCAGAAGCGUUCCUUGUCCUUGGAGGCAGAACUGCAGAGGCAGAAGGACGAGAGGCUGGCCGAAAGAGAGGGGCUGGGCUGCAGGUACAAUAUGCUGCUUGCUCAGAUUAAACUCCUGCAGGCGGAAUUUGAGAAGGAGCGGGCCGAGAUGGAGCAAAUGAAACAGCAGGUCUGUGCAUUCAGAACAGAGACGAGCGGGCUGCAGGAGGAGAUGGCAAAGAACAGAGAGGAGAACCGCUUCUUGCAGCUGGAGUCUGCCAGGUGGAAAGAGCAAUGCAGACAAAUUACAGAGCCACAAAUGCUGAAGGUAUACAAGGCUAUCUUGAAAUCAUUGAGUAGCACGUAGUUUUUGUGUGUGUGUGUUUGUAAAGGUUUGCACAUACUUUUAAAGGAGCAAACAUGCUUUCUCUUUCUCACUCCAUUCCCUGUGGCAAGAUUCCCUGCUCCAUCUUGUUCCUGUUACAGGGUCAGGGCUAGUGGAAGUACACUGCAAAUAUGAGAAGUAGGUAUUCCAAAAUGUUGAUGGUCUUGAUUUGCUCUUAGCUCAAAAUUACAGAUGCUUCCACACCAGCCCUUUCCUAUGGAAUUAUCAUCCUUUGUUCACUCACAGAGAUCCAAUUAAUGUUGCCAUUAUUAUCCAGCUAUGAUUGCAGUCCAGUGUUUUCUGCACCAUCCUUGGUUUUCCUUCCCAGAUCUGAUCUUUUUGGGUUUUUUAAUCAAAUGCAAUUGCAGCGUUAAUGCGGGUAGUUGGUCAAAGCAUAUUAAAAAAAUUCUUCAGAGUUCUUGUACCUUAACUUAACAGUUUUGUAUCUGUUUGUUGUACUUAAUUGCUUCCUGUUAAUUGCCUAGGUCAGUCAUGAAUCGCCCCCUUUAACAUGUCUGAAUGGCCACAGUGUCACAAGAGAAAGGUUAAUUACUGAUUUCCUCUCAUUAUUCCAGUGCAGGGAAAUUAAAGCCUUCCCCACUCCAGGAUCAGAAACUAAAUUUAGAGUAGUCAAGAGACUAUUUAUAACUUAAUUCCCUGAGUGUCACCAACAAAAGGCAAUGAAAUGAAUGGGACUAGAAAACAGGAAAUGUUUAAAUAACAUUGGAAAGGAACCUUUACAGAAUGGGACUUAGUUGUGAGUAAACAUUAUAGAAGGAUGUUGGCUAUAGGGAAAAUUCAGGUACAACACAAACCUGCUUUUAUUCUCCUCUGGAGGGAAGAGGUCCCCCUCCCCCCCAGGUCACAUCUAGUUUGGUUCCUAACAGUAACUCUGAAUGUGAAGAUUGACAAAUUAUGAGUGUUUGUUUUCAGGCAUAUUCAAAUAACCUAAGCUGAUGUUCUUGCACUCUCUUCAUAUUAGGAGCAGCUGCAUUCCCAAAUGAUCCAGAUUCUCAGAUAUGAACUUGGAUUAAAGAGGGAAGAGUUGAGAAAGAAAGAAGAAAUAAUCGAGCGGAGCAUGCACAUUCUGGGAAGGUUUCUUUUGGUAUGCUCAGUUUUAUAGCAUUAAGGGCAACACCCCUGAGCUUUAUCAUUGCUAUUUUGAAUUUUUGUCUGAGUGCACGUUGGGUGCUUUUAGCCUUCAGUUUCUGUCAAAACUGCACCCUUUUCCAAAUGGAAGUAGUAAGAAGUACAUUCCAUUUUAAAAGAAAGCCAAAAAAAAGGAAGGAUGAGAUAUUAGCCUAUUUUCUCUUUUAAAAAAUCACAAACAUGCAUUUAAACUGGAAUGUCUUUUUAAGCUCAUGGAAUAUUUACUUUUAAGCAAAACGUACUUUUGGAAACGUUCAAACAAUUAUGAACAGUAAGCGGCAGUUGGACAAAAGAUGGCAAUGAUUUUGGAGUAGCUUGUUAUAUUAAAAAUACUUAUUGCAGAGAUCUUUAUAUAUAUUUUUCUUGUUCUUGUGUUUAUUUUAAAUAAAAUAUUGAACUUAGGGUAGGAGGAAACACAAGUUUUAAGCUUAAGUCCCCGUCCCCCCAUCCAUAGCUGUAGGCCAGGCUUCCUCAACUUUGGCCCUCCAGAUGUUUUUGGCCUACAACUCCCAUGAUCCCUAGCUAGCAGGACCAGUGGUCAGGGAUGAUGAAAAUUGUAGUCUCAAAACAUCUGGAGGGCUGAGGUUGAGGAAGCCUGCUGUAGGCAAUCAAAACCCCAUAAUAUAUUUUGCUUCCAUAAUGCUUUUUAAUAGGUUUACAAUGCCGAUAUUCUAUGUUCAACCUGUUUUCUCAUUUCUUUUAUUAUAAUCUAAUGCACCUCACUGUAUCCUCUGUCAAAACAGAACAUGAAGUCAAUGCAUUCAGCUUUGUCCAUCAGAGAUCUCCACAGUGAAGAAGACCAUUUCAAUUCUCCGUAUGUCCAGAAAGCAUCUCACCUCUUGUCAAAAAUCUGCAGUCUUCUGGCUCUUGCAGAAGGAUUACUUACGUGCCAGGUAAUGCAAAAUACCACAGCCCUUUUCAAUAGCCACCUUGAUAGCACCUAAAACAUGAAUUCUAUGGUCCAUCCAGAACAACCCGUCACCCAGUAUACACUGUACUGUAUAUUUCCAACAAGAUUGAAAUAAAGGAUCUUUCAACUCUGCCAGUAAAACAAAUCAGUCUUUAUUAUGUUUCCCUUCCCUCCAGCUUUUCUUCCAUCACCAUUAUGUAGGCAGAUCACAUGGAUGCUACUAUUUAGGAAGUAGCACUUCUCUGGCUCCUAAAUCAUUAACUAUCAGACAUGACACAAGUGCAGCAUUCUCUGUCUGGGUUGUUGUUUUUGUUGUUUUGUUUUGUUGCAGGGGUUCAGAGAGGGUGGGAAACAGAAUGGCAGAAGGGAAAAUGCCUUGAACAGUGGCCUGCAGGGGUAGCCUGCCCAAAUCAACCAUGAUUUUGUUCACACAAGUACAUCAGACAGAAACAGUACUGACCACAUUUGUGUUUUAUUGUGUGCUCUUCCUUGAGUCCUUGGAUAGUGCCUACGCAGUGAUUGUGGUACGUUUAAAUGUGCCUCCCAAUUUUAAAAAGUUGGACACCUAUGGAUCACAUAGGAAACACCCAGUUAUCUCCUCCUGCUCUCUCCGUGGCCAGUGGUGCACUUUGAACAAAUAACUAGCAAGGUAUACACUUAGGUUUUAAUUAAAUGUCUGCAUGUGUACUUGCGAGUUUCCCCAUCCUUUUUCUAUACAGUGGUACCUCUGGAUGUGAACGGGAUCCGUUCCAGAGCCCUGUUCGCAUCCUGAAGUGAACACAACCCGCGUCUGCGCGUGCGCAGGUCGCGAUUCGCCGCUUCCACGCAUGCGCAUGAUGUCAUUUUGAGCGUCUGUGCAUGUGCGAGUGGCGAAACCCAGAAGUAAUGCGGAGCAUAACCUGAAAACACUCAACCUGAAGCAUAUUGAACCCAAGGUAUGAUUGUACUACCCACUUUUUGUGCUUCAUAAAUGCCAAGGUUCCAUCCCUCAUUAUUAUGAAAAAAAUACCUUUGCAGGCAGAGGCAAUCAUGACAAGGUAUCUUUGUUAGUGCAGUGGAUGGUACUUUCUUCAAAUGUGUAGCAUAAUCUCUGGUGUGGACUGGGCAUGGGUGCGCUUGUAUAUUAUUUUGCCUGCAGCGGUACAGGCAAAGUUAUAUACCGUAUAUUUUGCUCUAUAAGACUCACAUUUUCCCUCCUAAAAAGUAAGGGGAAAUGUGUGUGUGUCUUAUGGAGCGAAUGCAGGCUGCGCAGCUAUCCCAGAAGCUGCGCAGCGAUCCCUCUUGCUGUUCUGGCUUCUGGGAUUCAGAUUUUUUUUUCCUCCUUGUUUUCCUCCCCCCAAAACUAGGUGCGUCUUGUGGUCUGGUGCGUCUUAUAGAGCGAAAAAUACGGUAGUACACAAAGCAAUAGCUUGCGUUAAAAUUACAUUAAAUUUCCAUGAGCAUCGAAGUCAAGUGUAUGGGAAAGUCUUCACAAUUCACAUUUCCCACAGGACUAAACAAGGGGAAGUAUUUGUUAAUGCAGAGCAUCAGUUGCUUAUUAGCGUCUUUGCUGACAUAUUCAAAUGGCAGGGUGUAUCCUGACAUUUUGCCAUUGUUUUUUUUUAAAAAACUUCAGAAAACAUCAAAUCCCUGUUCUAAACCUGCUGAGUAAGCAUUUUUUCCAGCUCUGAAAAGAAUGGAAUCACAGCUCGAAGCAAACUGAGUAACAACUCUUGAGUUCUGUUGGAGAUACAUUUCUCUAUAGGAAAUAGUGUUCCUUACAUGGUAGACCACCCAUGCCUCAGCAGUCAAUGAAUCUGAUUCCUUCCAAGGAAUUAUACACCCUGGUUCACAUGUGGCUACAUUCUUCGGUCUCACGUAGGAACCAGUGGAAAAUAGGAAGUGCUUUUCCAUCGGGUUAUGUGGAUCUAUGUAACUCCUCUGAGUGCUUCCAGAGAGUCGCCUCCCCUAGCACUGGUAGCACUAAACAGAAAGUGAGAGAAGAAGUACUUCUACAAAGAGGUUCACUCUCACCUGUUAAGGUUAGAGUUGCCAUUGCUGGUUAUGCAUAAUGGUUGGUGUGUCCGUUGUGUAUAUCUUGCUAGUUGGUUUGGACUGCCAGUAGUCAGAAUGGGGAUCACCAUAAUCCACAUGUGGAUUGCCAGGUCAAGUACGUCUGGAAGUACGCUAAGGAAUCAAACAACUGAUGAGUGAGCAACUCUGAGAAGCAGUGGGGGAAGAACAACUGCCUUCCUUCUAAAGACAAGGCCGCUCGCUGCUUCUUCCUGAUGGAAAUGGCUACCCAGUCUUGCCUUGGUUUUGUGCAUGUGUUAAGCCAUCCUAAGAAUGUUUGCUACGGAGCAAAUUCACUACUCAAUAAAACUCUUCUGUUGAAAGCAAUGGCUGAAAUGUGCCUUCUUUUCUCUGAAUCUCACCUUUUAUUUCCCUGCUGUCUUCAGUGAUGUUUACAAGCUUUCCCCUGUUGUUGUUUUUACCUGUUACCUAAACUUCAACUCUGAUUCAAACUGUGAGCUGCGCUUCAUCCUUGCCCACAAAAGGGCUUCUUUUUUUAAAGGGGUAUCUCUACGAAUUCCUUCAAGCAUUCAGUGAAUGCUUGAGGGGACAACAAGGAAGGCCCUCCCUGGCUAGCCUCCCCUGAACUUAACAUGCCUGCUGGCCAGGCCUCUCCAGCAGCUGUGUCUUCUGCAUUAAGAAAAAAAGGACCCUGUGCAGGACCAAUUGUGUUGGGCUUCUCUGUGCAAUUGUGAGCCAUGAUUGUCCAAGACAGCUGGUCAGUUGAACAUACACAUGUAUGCCCCGCUUCUGGUUAAUGUCAGUGUUGCAUUCCCACUACUCCUUCAUGUGUCCAGUAAAUGCAGGAGCAGGUUCAUAUGGGCAUCCCUUUAGUCUGUCUAUGAGUAAGAAUCACUUUACUCAAAAGAGCCCAUUUUGUCUGUUUCUGCACGAGCAUCUAGCCAUGUCUCCUACCAGGAAGGAGGCAAGACCAGGGGAGCGAUUUGUGUGCAGAACAGCUUCCUGUGGGGUCAAACUUGAAUUAUUUGGAUUGAUUUAUUUCUUGAAACGUGCAAACCGUUUUCUCACAGUACAACGGCUUCCUCUCCAGCACAUAGCCGGGGAAUUGCUGCUCUACAACCAUCAUGUUUAGAAAUUCACUUUAUUACAAGUGAUGCAUUAAUUCUUAGGAAACUAAUUGGCGUCCAUUUGGAGUUUAAACAAUGUUCGUUUUAUGUCACUGUUGUUUGAUAGGACACAGAUAAUCAGGCGAUUGCUGAGUGUUCCACGGAAAGUGAAACUGCUAUUGAAGUGAAGGGGAAAAUGCAGCGCCUGUUAUUUAAAAAGAAAAGUUUGGAGAAAGAGGUAGGGGCACUGGUUGUUUUCCCUCCCAGUUACAUCCUGCUUUUGUGUUUGCAUAUGUAAGAACACUCCUGUCGUCCUUAACCCUCAUGUCAAAAUAGCUAAUUAUCUUCUAAACGUGCUGUAUUGUGAGACUUUGUAUUUUUGUUUUGUGAACCACCCUCAGUUAUUUUGAUGAAGGGUAUAUAAAUCUAAUAAAGAAUAAUAAAACUAUAAGAUAGCUUGGAAACUGCAGCUGGGGCAGAAUAUAGCGGCAAGACUGCUGACAGGAACAAAGUGUUAUUUUUAACCUGCAAAACUCUAUACGGCUCAGGACCCCAAUAUCUAACAGAAUACUUCCCCUAACUUGAAUAUAUCCGGACCCUGUGUUCAUCACUCGAGGCCCUCCACCAGAUGCCCCCUCUGCAGGACCGGCCCAUUCAUGAGGUAAUGUGAGGCAACCACCUCAGGCAGCAGGAUCCACCAGGGCAGCAGAUUCAGCUUCCAAGGAAUAAAUCACCUGCUGCUGCUGCCACUGUAGCAAUGGCAGCGACGGCUGCGGUGUGCUCCUUGGAGCCACUCUGAGAUUGAUAGUUAUGUUCUGAGAAAAAGCUCUGUGGUCUGCAUACGAUAGAGAAUAUAUACAGUAAAUCCAUAAAGUACCACUUAUGAAUUCAGGGCACAUACAGCUAUUCUUGAUGGGAGGUUUGUCUGUACGUCUGAGUCUUGUUCAUGAGAAUGCUAUGCAAUGGCAGGUGAACUUCAUAAGGAUCCUCUGCGUUCUGUCAUACGGACAAAAACAACACAUUUCAACCAUCAAUCCUUAUAUUUCUUACAAAAUAAGCGAUAAACUGAACUACAUGCCCUGCCACAAGUACAGGAGCAGUCUGCUGGGAUCAAUUAAUGUGCCAUAGCAAGAUGGAUAGUGAUUUAACAUGAAUAAAGUUUACCACUUCUUGAAUAUGUCAGUUUUGCUUUGGGAUAUAUGUAUAGCAUAUAAGAAAGUCUGGGGAGAAGCAAAAAACAACUGAAUGAAAUAUGUUCAAUUUUCCCUUUCCCUCUCUUGCCUAUAAUUCAUCACUAUAAAUAUUUAGUUGAGGAAACACAAGGAAAAUAUAGCAGCCAUGAGGGAGUUGAUAAUUAAUGAGAAAGCGUCUGAAGACCCCGAUACUGAGGUGAGUUCAGUAUUAUGAAAAAGAACAGAAAUUAAAAGAAAAUCAGGAGGAGAAUUGGAUUUCGUGUAUUAUGGAGCAUUGCUUUAAAACAAGAAGUUCCAUUAAUAUGGCUGCUGUCCUAUAUACUUACUUGGGGGGACUUAACCAUGGGGUAGAUACUGUAGACUUGCUAUGUAUACAGUAUAAUAAUAAAGGGCUGCUACUGCUAAGAAAAGUAGCAAAUAUGGGAUACAUUCCUAAACAGACUUAUUAGGGAGUAAGCCAAAUGGAAGUAAGCAGGACAAGUAAACAUACUAGGGUUAUGCUGUUAAAGGCUAAUGCCUUGUUCUCUGUGGGUAUUUAUUCACAGGCUACAGAAACUGGCGAAGAGGAAUCAGAAAAUGGAAAAGACCUGCCUGAUCUUCUGAGAACAAAACUGAGUGAAUACCACAAGCAAACUGAUGAGCUCCAAGCUGAGGUGAGUAGUUAUGAGAAAAAGAGGGCUCAGGAAUCAUUUCCAUGAAAUUGCUUCCAUUUCCAGAAAACUGGGAUUCCUGUUAUCGUUGGCAAGACCUAAAUCCUUGGAAGGUAUUCAGAAGACAUCUGUGGGAAUCCUGAUUCUGUUACAUGCCUGAUGGUUGCCGCCUCAUGGUUGUUGAAAGGGAUCAGUUUUAGCCCAAAACAGCAACUAAGGAAUUAGCCCUCAUAAUGGAUAGCUCCUCUGGUUAGAGUGUGAAGCUGAUAACGCCACGGUCAUGGGUUUAAUCCCCAUGUGGGAAAGCUGUAUAUUCCUGCCUUGCAGGGGGUUGGACUAGAUGAUCCUAAGGGUCCCUUCCAACUCUACAGUUCUAUGAUUCUGUAAGCAAAGAGCCAAGAGCAGCUUGCUUUGAAUAGCUCCUGGGUGCACUUCUAGAGGCACUUCCACACAAAAUAGUUUCUGGAUAAAACAAAUUGCCUUAUAAGCACAUGCUUGUAUGGGGCUUAGUCCAUUACUUCAUUGAAGAAGCAUUCAUUUCCCAAGGGGAAAAAACGGGCACACUCCUGAGAUGGUGUGUCGAUUGUACCAGCUGUUCCCAGGAUGUAUCCCAGGAAAAAUAGUUGAUGUUGACAGGCUUAAUCUAUGGCUGAACAUGACUACCACUAGUAAUGUGCUGGGCACUUUGGAGAACACAAAAAUAAUGGGUGGUAUUCAAUUACCUUUUACUCAGAGUAGACCCAUUAAAAUGAGUCAACCUGGCCAAGUUAUAUCCAUUAAUUUUAAUGAGACAUUCUUUCUUUGGAAAGAUUAAAGCACUGGAAGCUAAUCUGGCAUCCAAAGAAGAAGUAUGCAAGAAGCUCACUGGAGAAAUUGUCGAGCUUCAGAAGGACUUGGGCAGCUUGACAUGCAAGGUAUGAGCAUGAGCUGAUGUUACUCUGACAAGGUUGAAAAACUCAGUUCACUUUCAAAACAUAAUAACUGUAAUCUGGAGUUGUACUAUCUCCAGUAGUACUAACUCCAUUGCUAGAUUGGGUGCAGGUUUAUCUGGUCCAGCAUUCUGCUCCCAACCAUGGCCAGACGUGUCUGGAAGCUCUUUACUGAGCUACUGACAUCCCUGAAACAAAGCUCCAAACACAUUGAAACUUGGUUAGAUUUACACCUAGCUUCAUCCACCUUUGAACAAACAUUCCCCACAAAAAAUGCCUAGGCUAGAAUAAAUCACAGACACUUAACUUUGCAAAGAUUUUACUUACAGAGUUUUCAGAAGUAAGAGCAAGCAACUCUCCAUCUAUUGGCAGUAAAAUAAAGAAUAAAAUGUUGCAAGUGACUUAAAAGGAAAGAACUUGUUUUCAUUACAAAAAGAAUGGCAAAGAGCCGGAGAGUAGGGACGGGAUGGAGUAGGGGCAGAAUGGAGAUGGACUGCAAUCCCAUGGACCUAUCCAAUAACACAGGGGUUGAAGACAAUUCUGAAUUCAAGGAUUUUGAAGGAACAGACGUGAAGGACAUGAGAUUAGAAGCGGAAGCUGUUGUGAAUGAUGUGUUGUUUGCUGUGAGCAACAUGUUUGUCUCUAAAAGCCUCCCAUGCGCAGAAGAUGUGGCGUACAUCAACGUGGAAACUAGGGAAAGGAACAGAUAUUGCCUAGAGCUCACAGAAGCGGGACUUAGGGUGGUUGGCUAUGCUUUUGACCAGGUGGAUGACAGCGUACAAAAUCCCUAUCACGAGACUGUCUACUCUCUGUUGGACUCUGUUAGCCCAGCGUAUCGAGAAGCAUUUGGAAAUGCUUUGCUACAAAGACUAGAGGCUUUGAAAAGUGAUGGGCAGUCGUGAUUGAAUUUGCAAUCGAAGUGGGCUUCAACAAAAAUUGCUGCUGGAUCUAAAUAGUUUGUUCUGAGGCCUGAUGGCAGAGAGGAAAAAAUUAUUAACCUGAACUCUUUGCUUCAAAAAAUCCCUUGUUCCAUGACUUGCAGUGACACCAACUUGUAAACUAUGUCCUUGAUACUGUUGUUCGGAGUUAGUUACCCAAUUUAUUUUUAAGGUAACAAAGUCACAUAUAGAGUUACUGUUCUUUAUUAAACUUUCCUUUAGAUAGUUACAAUGUAACACAGUAUAGUUUUGGUCUCUGAUAUUUAACUUUAAAAUUCUUCUAACAACUUUUGUAUUUGUUCAGUAGUGUGCUUCACAAGUAACUUGGUUUUAAGAAAACCAAAUAUUUUCUUUAAUGAAAUGGAUUUUGCUUCAUUGAAAAGUUUUGUAUUUAGCUCAACUUCUUGUAUGUGGAUUUCGACAUUUUCUAGCUCAUUCGUUAGAGUGGUAAGACGAAACAUUAAAUAAAACAUCUCUUAGGAUAUGAUCCACUAAAAAGUUAGGCCAGUACUUUUCAGUAACCGAACAACAGUGUGCAGUAUUUGGUGUAGUCUUGAGGGUAGCAAGCAGCAGUGCUAAACAAUAGAUACAUUGUUGGCAUAAUGAAUGUAUUCAUCAGCUGAAAUACAAAUGGGAUAAGCACAGAAAUAAAAAAAUAAAAAGUCAAAAAAAAAAAAAAAAAAAAAAACAAAAAGAAUGGCAAAGAUGCAGGCUGUAAAAAAUCUCUUUUUGGAGAGAUGCAGUUCACUUGCAGGAUCAGAUGUGCGCCACCCUUGUCAUAGUGCAAAGUGAUAGUGUAAACAUACCAGUAAGAUCCACCUCCAGCCCAUUUAACUCAUUUAAUUACCCCAAUGGAUUCACUGGGAUUAUAUGCAGUGAUUUAAAAAAAAUUGAUUUCUGUAUGCAGCGCUCAUGUGGAUGAAGUUCCAUAGAUCAGUGAUAAUACUGAUAUUUAUGUAUUGCUAUAAUGUUGCAAAAGGGCAGGAUUUACAAGUGUACUCAAGGCAGAUCACAAUUAAUAAAAUAUCAUAUACAAUCAAAGAUGUGAUAAUGUGCUUUAAUUGAGAUUUCACUGGCUGUGUUCUCUUUUGUACUAUGCUAAAUCAUUUUCUGAUUUUAUUUUAAAAGGUGACAUCAUAUGAGGAAAUUAUUGAAUGCGCUGACAAAAGGCUUGAACAAGCCAAUUCAGAAAUAUCUGAGUAGGUAUACCACUGCUGCUGGAUUCUUUUCUGUUGUAUAUGUUCCAGAAACACAUAGCAAGAGACAAUUCCAGCACUUGGAAAACUGAGUGAAACCUAAAUGAAAUCUUGUACUUGGUUUCAUGCAGUUACUUGGUUAGACCGCGUGGAAUCAGGUGUUUUAGCACUGCAGUAUUUCAUAGAGCCACUUCAGAUUAGCAGCUCUUGAACCAAAUGCUGGGCUGAUAUUAAAGCACAUGGCUGCACCCAUUUGAUACAGUUUUGGCAGCCACCAGAGAGAGACGUGUGGAGUCACUGCUCUCUAGCUAAAUCAAACAGCUGCUGUGCUUCUUGAGGAGGAAGUGUGUUCAGCUCAAUGUUCUCUGGGGUUGCAAAUUAACUUGCGCUGUUUUGGUGUGAAAGCAGCCUAAAGAUUCAGUCUCAGGGCUUAGUCCGUUCCAGGUUCACACCUGACCACACUGCUAUUUUCAGUGGCAAAUGAUGCAUGGCACAACAUCCAUGUGUAAGGAAGCCUCCGUAAGAAGGGGGUGCUUUUCACCAAAGUAGAGCCACAAAUAGAUCAAUGCUUCCUUCCCCACCCCACCCUUUUUUUAAAUUCUGCCACUGUUUUGGAAUUUUAUUAACCUCUCAAAUCGGGGGGUCUGGAAUCCCACAGGGAUGAAAACAAGUGUCAGAUAGUGUCAGGAGGAAACAAAAUGGAAGAAGCAGCAUUAAGCAGGCCAUUUCCCCUUAUUGGAGGGUUGGAAACCUCAGGCCUGAGGGCCAAAGGUCGCUCUCCAGGCGCGACUGCAGUCACAUUAGCAAUGGCCAGGGAUUGAUUUUGGGAUUGAGUGACGGGAAGAAACAUAAUGGACAGAAUAAUUGUCCCUCAGGACUUUCCCUUAGCCACACUGUCCUGGGUCACACUUCACGUCAUCCUCAGGUGCUUUUGUGUGACAAAAAGAUCCCUGCUCUGUUCCUUCUCUCACACAAAAGUGUCCCACACUAAGGGCGCUUUAUGACAGAGAAAGAACCAGAGAAGACAGAGAAAGAGCCUCUCAGUUUUUAAAUCUGUAUUUUAACUUUGGGGAUAUGGUUUCAUUUCUGUUUUCUUUAUGCUGCUUUUGAUUUUGUGGCUUUGUGCCUUAUUUCGCCUUUACGUGGCUUCCAUAUUUAUUUAUUUGUUAAACUGCCAGAAAAGUUUAUGUUCUAUGAAAACAUACAAAUGCUGACUGAUAAAUAAAUAAUAAAUAGUAAAUGGGAGUUAUUUGUUAAUUUCAGUAUACUCAAGCUUAUUUCUUCCUACCCAGAAGAAAGUGGCAAAGUCAGGUAUUUUGUGAAUGGUCACAGGCAAAUUAAGAGUCUUGGGGGGGGGGAGUGAACUUUAUACAUAUACAGUUCGCAGCAUUAAAUCGAAACAGCGAAGGCAUGUAGAGGUGAUCUUAUGACUGUCCCAAAUUCACUUCUCUUGGGGAAUAUUUGAAACUUGAACCUAAAGGACUUUCAGGAAGUGUUGCAACACCCUCUUCUGUAGACCGGCUUUCAAGGCACACAUUUGGAGUUUUCAUACAUUUAGUGCAGUAGUUUAUAUUUUAUGUUGGGGUUUGCUGGGUGAUCAUUUUUUAAAUGUGAUGUUGCUUUCAGCCCUUAGAAAUCAAAAUUAUGACAAUUCCAUUAUUAUUUCAGAUACAAAUUUCAGACGCAUAUGAAGAAACUCUUUUUGGAUUGUAAAAGUGAAAUUGCAAAUCUAUCUACAAACCAAGAACUUUAGCUGUCUGGGUUUUUUUAAGUGUAUUUGUAUCCCGAGUCUUGAAACAUAUAUUUAUUUUUCUUGGAAGCAAACUGCAUUGACAUCAAUUGAACUUAUUUCCAAGUAAAUGUGUUUCAGACUGGAAUAGCAGUUUGCAAGUCGUCAUUGCAGUGACAGCCUAUAUCUUGUUAAAUUCUAUGAGAACAUACUGCUUAUAACUGAAACAAAUGUACCAAUCGGUUAAAUUGUCUCUUACUGGCAGUUUAGAGAAAAGAAACCAGGAUUUGGAAGAUUUAAUUAAGAAGUUCAAAAUGAAUACCAGAAAGCUGAGGUAAACUUCAUAUAUAUUUCACAUUCAAGAAGAGGAGGGUUCUGAAAGUGCUCACACUAUUAUCAAACUUACGAAUGUCUUCCUUUACAUACAACUUGCAUAGACAGGUAAACAUAAUCUUGAAGUGCUUCUUAUAAAAUAAUAAAAUGUGGCCACCACCUAACUAUAGCUCCCAUCUGCUAAUAUUUGGGGGCCCUCCAGAGCACAAAAAACCGUAUUCUCAUAAUUUUUGCUCACGAGGGUAUUGGGACAGUUAUGCAUACCUUCCAACAUGUCGAGUCCCAGUACCAUCACAUAAAUUUCAGGCUUCAACUAUCAGGUGGAUAAUAUGCCUGCAUUUGUUCUGUUACUGUGCAUAUGUAUUUCAUGAAAAAUGCACCUACAAUUAUGUUGCCUGAAGUUGCCCAUUAAACCCAUAGUGGCCAUAUACUUGCACAUAGCAGUACCAUGACAGCCGUUAUAAACAGGAAAAGAUGCUGCCAGGAGGACAAUCAGACUAGGGAAAAUAGAGGAAGGGGGAAUGAACCUUCUGCACUUGCUGUUUCCUGUUUAAAAAAAGAAUAUUUGAGAUUAUAUUGCCUGCAUUUGCCUGUAACAUCUAAUCUAGUCCUCAGUGCUGUUAGCCUUGUGUACUUGUGGGUAUUGAUUCAAUCUUGGGCAGUUACUUUACUCUCUGCUGUCUGUCUCACUCCCCAAACUUACAUGGCCAGAAGUCACAUUUUCAAGUGGGGAAGCAUUAAGUGAGCACUUUCUUUAUGUUUCCACAGGCAAGGGUGGUCUUCAUUUUUCCCAAAAAUGUGGAUUCAGGGGGUAAGUCAAGAUAUAUUGCCCUAAAUAAGGAUCAGCAACUGGAGACCGGGGUCCAAAUUUUGCUCCUGAAAGGGUAAUGCUGGUCCCUUAUCAGGCCAACUAAGGUUUUUAAUGCCAUCUGUUCCCCAAACAGCACUGUCAUAAACUACUUUGCUUUAGUGUAAGGCAGACUGCAAAUGUUUAAAUAAAGAAUUAUCAUUUUUAUUCAGAUGUUUUAAGAAAAUAUAGCAUAUUAUGUGUAGUUGUAUUGGACACAGUCCAAAGUUAAGCACUUACCUUUCACUGAUUUCCAUAGAAGAGUCAAAAACAUACUUAAUUCUGUUAACGGCAUAAACUGUUUAUACAAGACAAAACAAAGCACUUUAAGUUCCUUUGGAUCAUUAUCUGUAAUCUCAUGUUGCAAUUUUCAGCAUUACAUAUCAAAAUUAUAUAAACAGAGAGAGAUAUAACAUUAAGUCUGUAAUCCUGUGUAAUUUUCCUGGGAGCAAGUUCCAUUGAAAACAGUGGGGCUCUCUCUUUUGAGUAAGCUUGUAUGAUUGCACUGUUAGGCCUUCUCAGAGUAUACCCACUGAAAUAACCAGGGUUAAGUUACUCCAUUAAUUUCACUGGGUCUACUCUGCGUGCAACAUAGUUGGAUAUCACCUUUAGUGACUUAAAAUUGAAGGAAAAUCUGAACUGUAACUGUUUUCCUUCCAUUUUCAGGAUUUUCAAAAACUGAGUGGAACCCAUUUAGUUACUAAAGGACAAACAAUUAAAUAUGCCAAGUAUGAUUGUCAUUGUCACUGCAGCAAAGUAGGUUUACAAAUGACAUAUUAA